AUGUUAUUGGACAAUAAUCGAGACGGCUUUGCGCGAAGUGUAUCCGGCUGGGGGAUGCGGCUUGCGGCUUGCGGCUGUGCAUGUAUCAAAGUGAUAUACAAUCAUUUCACAGAAGACGCUCCAGGUGAAGGUCGCAUCCCGUCAACGCGAGAGCAUGUUGAUUUAGAAUCAUAUGCUGCCUGUGGUUCGAUACGAUCACGCCAAAUGGAACAAUCUACAGCAGAGGAGGAUCGGGUACAGCUCCAAACGAUCAACCGUCUCAAAGAAAGUCUGAGGAACGGGUGCAUAGCCAUCAUUGUCGGAGCCGGUAUCACGAUAAACGCAACAGUGCAGUCCUCAGGACAUCCACUUGAGCGGAUAACGUGGAAUGGGCUUGUCAAGCAUGGUUUGGACUAUCUAGUGACAAACCAAUAUGUGGAUAGGAAAAAUAGGCAGGUCAAGUGCGCACUAGAUCUGCUCGAGAGCGAGGAUACGGAAGAUCUACUUCUUGCCGCCCAUAUACUCCGCGAAAAGUUGGACCGGUCUAGCCAACUUCCGACGUGGCUCGAAUCCGUCUUUGGUGAUCUCUAUGGCGACGUUCGCUACCCUGCAAUACUUGACGCGCUCCGGGCACUCCAUAAGAAGCGCGCUCUACUCUUGACAACGAAUUACGAUGACCUCUUAGAAAAGCAUUGCGAACUCCCUAGAAUCGGACGAUCUAGUAGAAAUAAUGUGGCCAAGUUUCGACGAGGAGAGCUGGAUGGCGUGUUCCAUGUUCACGGUAGUUUCCACGACCCCGAGGAGGUCGUGUUGGGCUCAAUAGACUACUUCAAAGUCAAGCAAUCAGAAGCAGUACAAGAUCUACUGCGAACGUAUUUACAAGACAAGACUAUCCUCUUCGUUGGGUGCGGGUCUGGACUGGAAGACCCCAACUUCAACGAACUUCUGCGAAAGGCGAGCGAGCAACAGAGAGACCUACCGAACCGUCAUUGUUUACUUAUUCGAGACGGUGAUUCUAUCAGAUAUAAUCCUUUGGUGUCUGUCAAAUACGGUUCGAGUUACGGUGGUUUGGCACCAUUUCUCCAUAGAUUGGCAAGUGAAACCCCAGAUGAGUCUAUGACAGGAGAGGUUGUCUCGCUUAGUGACCACCAGAAAGAGAUCCUGUUGAAGUCUCUGAGGUUUGACCAAAUGGAUGCUCGCCAGAUGCAAUCUGGAACCCCAUCACGAUGGACGACCGUUAACACUCUCGUUGUUGUGCCGUAAUCCUUGUACAGUAUGAUUAGGAAUGCGAUGCAAUUUCCAGACCUGAAUUUCUACUUUACUAGUAAUUCUCUCUUGUCAUAGCGAUAACUGCAUUAUUGCGAUACAAUUUCCAACCGG